AUGGCUUCCGUGUACAAGCAAGUGGAAUUGACCGAAGCGCAAAAGCAAAUCAUCCGGGACACCGUCCCCACGCUCAAGGCGGCGGGGGAGGAGCUUACCAAGAACUUCUACCAGAAGAUGUUCAAGGACUACCCCGACGUCAAGCCUUUCUUCAACCAGACCGACCAGAAGCUCAUGAGACAACCGAAGAUCCUCGCGUUCGCUUUGCUUAAAUACGCUGAGAACAUCGACGACUUGACUCCCCUUACUGACUUCGUGUUGCAAAUUGUCGCUAAGCACGUUGGUUUGCAAGUCCGGGCCGGCGACUAUGAGGCCGUCGGUAACCUGUUGAUCGCCACGAUGAAGGAGAUGCUCGGUGAUGCUGCCACUGACGACUUUAUCGGUGCCUGGGCUGCUGCCUACGGUAACCUCGCUUCCCUCUUGAUUGGGUUGGAGUCGGCGGAGUACAAGAAGAACGACUGGCAAGGGUUCAAGCCGUUCAAGGUGACCAAGAUCGUCGACGAGUGUAAGGACGUGAAGUCGAUCUACUUCAAGCCCGAAGACGGCCACAUCCAAAAGGCGGUGCCUGGUCAGUACGUGUGUAUCAGAUGGAACAUCCCCGGCUUCGACUACGAACAACUGCGUGAGUACUCGCUUUCUGCGGUCACUAACGACACUUACAGAAUCUCGGUGAAGCACUUGCCCGGCGGGUUAGUGUCCACUUUCAUCCACGAAAACUUGAAGGAAGGCGACGUGUUGAAGGUGGCUCCUCCUGAAGGUAAGUUCGUGUUCAAAGAAGACAAGGACGAAGCCACGUUCAUCGCUGGCGGAAUUGGUAUUACCCCCGUCAUGGCUAUCCUCGAAGACAUUUUGCCCAAGGGUAAGAAGGCGAAGUUGUUGUACUGCAACCGCGAUGCCAACAGACCGUUUGUGGCCCAAUUGUCGCAAUGGUCGAAGGACUACAACUUGGAAGUGGUCGAGUACAUCUCGCUGGGCGCCGACGUCACCGACGCCAUCGGUACUUUGAACGCGAAGAGAAUCGCUCCUGCCGAUGUCGAAUCCAUCAAGUCCGAUGUGUUCUUGCUUGGUCCCAGACCGAUGAUGAGGGAAUACUUGGCCAAGUUCGCCGAAUUGGGCGUGACCCCUACUUACGAAUACUUUGGCCCCACUGACGUUUAA